AUGUCCGUCAGAGAAGCCACCCACGCAGGCUCGUGGUACUCUGAUAACGGACGACAACUAGCUGCACAAUUGGAUUCAUGGCUGUCGAAAGUACCAGAGAAAGAGGUCCUACCCGGAGUUGACAAACUACCCUUACCAGGUGCCAGGGCGGUCAUCUCACCUCACGCAGGAUACGCCUAUUCAGGUCCUGCGGCGGCAUGGGCGUACAAAUGUCUCGACUUAUCUCAAGCAAAGCGAAUCUUCGUCUUACAUCCCUCACAUCACCAUCACCUCAGUACAGCCGCGCUACCCGUUGUCGAAGCCUACGAGACGCCCCUGUCCGACCGACCUCUCCCUCUAGACCUCGAAACCCUGAAAGAACUGUCCUCCCUCUCAGCCACGGCCAAUGGACGAACGGUCAAGUUCACGACCAUGUCCCAACCGGUCGACGAAGCCGAGCACAGUGCGGAAAUGCAACUGCCAUACAUCCACCGUCUUCUACAAAAGCUCUAUCCGAACCAGCCCGAGUCGUCGUAUCCUCCUCUCGUCCCCAUCAUGGUCGGCGGCACCAACCCUGCGACUGAAGCAGCGCUAGGCAAGAUGUUGGCCCCGUACAUCGCGGACGAGAAGAACGCCUUUGUCAUCUCCUCGGACUUUUGCCAUUGGGGGAGCAGAUUCGGCUAUACGUACUACCUCCCUGACGCCCCCAGCCCUGCCAUGUCACCGUUGAUGUUGCCGAAUGGGGUGCGCGGAGAGUACACGUCUGCAAAACAGUCCGUGAAUGAAGAUGUUCACAAGAUGCCCACGUUGGGUCAAGGUCAGCAACUGAGGAGCGGGAGCAAAAUCCCCCACGGUGGUCCCCAGAUCUACGAGAGUAUCGCCCACGCAGACAGAGCGUGUAUGUGUGCGAUUGCGACAGGAAAACAUGGAGAAUUUUUGCGGGUUUUACGCGAAACCGGAAACACCGUCUGUGGCAGACAUCCCAUUGGGGUUUUCAUGGCGGGAGUCGAGGAGGUUGAACGACUGGAACACAAAGGCAAUGACUCUGAUGAUGGCACUCGACGGAGGUUUCGGUUCAUGAGGUAUGAGAGAAGUAGUGACGCCGAAACGGUUCGGGACAGCAGUGUUAGUUAUGUGAGCGCCUUUGCAGUACUUUGA